AUGUCUGAAGAUUUAGUCUAUGCCUUACCGCCUUUCGAAACUGAUUUCGAUGUGGCCGAUUUUGUUGAUAACAUUUCGAGCAGGUCGCCACCCCAAUCCUCCAUGAUCUUUUCAGGUACACGAAAUGUUACAGCAACAUACACUAUUGCUGGGACAUUCUGUACACCGGGGCCGGGGCACAAAAAUGGCAAGAGCCAAACUGUUCUCAUUGCGACUCAUGGUUUGAAUUUUGAUAGAUGGUACUGGGAUCCGAAACCGCGCCCAGAUCUUUACAGUUUUGUGGAUUUUGCUAUCAACCAAGGCUACUCUGUUUUCUUCUACGACCGGCUUGGUACUGGUCAGUCAUCGCGCGUUUCAGGCUACGUUGCUCAAUUGUCGAACCAAGUCGCCAUCCUUCGAAAGAUCACUCACCUCAUUAGAAAUGGGAAAUACCUCAAGGGAUUUGGAAAGCCAAAGUCCGUUGUUCUGGUUGGCCAUAGUUUUGGCAGUUCUUUGUCUCUAGCCACAAUUACGGCAGAACCCUCCAUCGCUGAUGGUUUGAUUCUUACGGGUUAUAGUCUCAAUGCUACUUACUUGAACGGUAUUGGCUUUUUCUUGGCGUCGCAGCCCAGGAUCGCUGCCAAACAGCACCCCAAGAAGUGGCGUCAGCUGGAUACUGGCUAUCUAACAACAGCAGACCUUUAUUCAAACGUAAAUACUUUCUUUAAGAAACCUAAUUAUGACACCGGUAUAUCGAAGUACAGUGAAAAUACAAAGCAGCCAUUUGCUAUUACCGAACUGUUAUCUGCUUCCGCUUUCACGGUUCAGCCCCUUAACUACACCGGCCCAACAAUGAUAAUCUCCGGGGAGUAUGACUUCAUCUUCUGCACAUCAGACUGCAACGGUGUACUUGAGUUUCCCGCGUCUCACAUCUUUUCAAAGUCCAAGGCAUUCAAGGCGGUCAGCUAUUCUGGGGCUGGCCACGGGCUCAACCUCCACCUCAAUGCGGUAGGCGCCUUUCAAGAGGUGAUGAGCUUCCUUUCUUGUAACGGACUGUAA